AUGCGGAACGUUCUUGCAUUUGUGCAGCAUUUGGUAGUGGAUCGUAGGCUUUUCCAUACAACAAGGUAUCUGACGAGGAAGAAGUUAGAACGAUUAGCUCUCCUGGUUCUUGGCACAAUUAGUCUACAAGUAUUGUUGCGAAUAUUCCGGGUGAAGUUAUGUAAAAAUUUUAGUGCACACCUACUGGAGUGUGUCAUUUGGUUUAUGCGAUUGUAUGCGGGCAUUAGGUUGUUUCAGUCAUCGCAGCUGGAGAGGCUCGAGCUUAAGCGGCUGACAACGCUGCUGAUA